AUGAUUUUUCGAUUUAAUUUAACCUGGGUAGGGUUUAUUUUAUUUUAUAUAUUUUUUAUAUACAUGCACAAUUGUAUAAAAUUAAAUAAGUAUAAUAAUAAAGUUAUAGGGCAUAGAUUGAUGAACAUAUCUAGUAAUGUAGUGUCAGGACAGAUAAAUAAAAAUAAUAAUGAAAGUCAAGUACAAAACAAGAGAAGUAUAUUUGGAUUUGGUGGAUCAAAUAAAUGUAAUAUAAUGAUUAGUUGUUAUGAUAAAGCUGGGGUUUUUGAUAAAAGUUUCUUUUUAUUGAUCGACGAAAAAAGUAAUAUUAAAUAUGUAAAGGAACAGAUUGAAAAUAUGCAUGGAAUACCAACAAAAUUUCAAGAGAUAUUUUAUGAAACUAAAAAAUUAGAUAAUAAUGUAACAAUAAAAAGUUUAAUAAAAGGGAAAGAUAUUAAAUUAUUAAAUUUUCGUCUAAUAUCUGUUUUACCUCAUUUUUUUAGUGAAGAUUCUAACAAAGUAAAUAAAAAUGUUGAAAAUGUUGAAAAAGAAAGUAAGAAGAUAAAAAUAUUGAAGGAUAAAUUAAAAUAUUAUGGAUGUAUAACAUUAUUUAAUGAAUAUAAGAAAUUGUUAGAAAAACUUAAAGACAAUAAAAAUAGAAUUAUAAAAAAGGAUGUUGAUAUUAUUGAAUCAUUUAAAAAUUUUGAUAGAGAAUUUGAACGUUUGUUAAAUAAUAAUAAUAUAAGUUUAGAAAAAAUAAAAAAAGAAAUACAAGAUUUAAAAUAUUUUGAUAAAAAAAAAUUAUUAUUAAGAUUAGAAAUAGAUUAUCCAAAUAUGGAUAAUUUAUUAUUAACUAGAAUAAAAGAAUUGAUUAGAUUUUAUUAUUUAGGGGAUAUACAAUCUGUAAUUAAAUUUUCUUUAUUUUUUUAUAUUUUAUAUAAAUAUGCUAAUUAUCCUCCAGAAAUAAAAAAAAUGUUUUUAUAUUUGUCUAUACUAUUUUUAUUGGCUCCUUGUAAACCUAUAUAUAAAUUUUGCCACUUUCUUUUUUUUUCAAUUCCUACAAGUUUCCUAUAUACAGGUUUUACAAAUAUACUAUCUGCUUCUUAUCAGCAAAUAUUGAUGUGUCAAUAA